GAGAAAUGAUGAACCAAAGAGAGCUUCAAGACCCUGGGACAAAGAUCGUGAUGGCUUUGUUAUGGGAGAAGGCUCUGGUGUUCUGAUUCUGGAGAGCUUGGAGCACGCAAUGAAAAGAGGAGCUAACAUAAUUGCAGAAUAUCUAGGAGGUGGGAUAACCUGUGAUGCUUAUCACAUGACUGACCCUCGGUCUGAUGGUCUUGGAGUUUCAUCUUGCAUAACCAAGAGUCUAGAAGAUGCACGAGUUUCCCCUGAAGAGGUGAACUACGUGAAUGCUCAUGCCACAUCAACACUAGCAGGUGAUUUGGCUGAGGUUAAUGCGAUCAAGAAGGUGUUUAAAGACACUUCUGAGAUGAAGAUGAAUGGGACAAAGUCAAUGAUUGGACAUGGGCUUGGAGCCGCUGGUGGAUUGGAAGCCAUAGCAACCAUAAAAGCUAUCACAACUGGCUGGUUGCACCCAACUAUUAACCAGGAUAACCUGGAGCCUGAUGUCACAAUCGAUACUGUUCCUAAUGUGAAGAAGAAGCAUGAAGUCAAUGUUGCAAUAUCUAAUUCAUUUGGCUUCGGCGGACACAAUUCAGUUGUGGUUUUUGCCCCUUUCAUGCCUUAAAGAACAACUCAUGCCAACUUGUUUUCAUUCUGCCUUAAAAAAUAUAACUGAUUUGCAGAUGUUUAAUCUUGCUGAGUGGUAAGAUAAGACAGAGGUAUCAGAAGCAUAUUUGUUCUGAUAAGUUUUGAAGAUUACGCAAAUUCAGCACCGUCUUUUCAUCUUGUAACUGAAUUCAACGAUGAAUUUUUCUUCACUCAAUAAAAUCAACAUAUCAUUUUCUCUAUGUUAUUCAGAAUUUUAGUAUACCAAUCAAAACAGCAAGUAAUUUAGUUCAGGUAAGCAGACCAGUGAUGCACUCUCCUAUGUUAUUCUGUCUCUGUCUACCUAGUCUUUCUUGCUUCAUCUGUUACCCUUCAAGCAAGUUAAAACUAAAACAAUAACAAUAAGGCAAAUGGUGCAAAUAACCCAUUCAACCUACAUUUUUGUGACAAAUCAACCCCUCUACUUUUCAUGUAAAUGAAAUUAGCCUUUAUUU